GUUUUUGACUUUUGAUAUCAUGGUGGGUUUUUUUCUCUGACAAGUUUGGCCAGAGUGAAUUUUUAAAUACAUAGGCUUGGUUGCUCUUUGACCAGACUACGGACAAUGCAUAGGGCUCUCCAGCUGUAAACAUUAUGAGAGAUGUGUGCGAUUAUGUUUUGAAGGGAGGGGCUUACGCUUUGUAGUAACCUAUUAUUGAAUACUGUGGAGCAGACCGAUCCGAAGGCAGAUUCUAUCUCUCUACAUUGACUGGCCUGCUUCGUGGUUGUUUUCUAACAAGAUUUAAGACCCCCCCCCCCCCUCCUCCUCAACGUGGAACAGGCCGAGGCUGGAGUGACUGACAAACUGACUGACCGGUGCUCAGAUUCUCUCUCUCUCUCUCUCUCUCCAGGGAAUAACCAUGGAUGACGACUUUGAGCGGCGCCGAGAGCUCAGGAGGCAGAAGAGGGAGGAGAUGCGCCUGGAGGCUGAGCGGAUGGCCUUCCAGGGUAGUAAUGAGGAUGAGGAGGAGGCUGCAAGGGAGCGUAGACGCAGGGCGCGUCAGGAGAGGAUGAGAGGGAUGGGAGGCGAGGAGCCCAGUGACAGCGUGGUGAUGACCAACAGCCAUAGCGUGACAGAGACUGUGUCUGUGUCCUCCUCUAUGACCUCCUCGGGUGGAGGAGACGAUGAUGAGCAGGCCCUGCUGGAGCGCAUGGCCAAACGAGAGGAGCGCAGGCAGAAAAGAUUGAUGGAAGCUCUGGAGCGAGAGAAGGAUCAGAACCCCGGCAAUGACGGUAACCACGGCAGCGGGGAGAAUACUGUGGAGGAGAGGUCCGUCGACCGCAGGGGCCGUUACCAGGACAACGAAGAAGAGGCGGAAGAGCGGAACUGCCGAAAGGAGGAGGAGGGGGAGGCCGCUCCGGAGGAGGAGGAAGAGGCUGAGCAGGGAGAGGGAGAAGUGGAGGAAGAGGCGGUGGAGGAGGAGAAACCGAGACGGUCCUAUAUGAGAGAACAGGAAUCCAUUGAGGAAAAAACUAGAAACGAGGAAGAUACAGAAGAACCAGCAGUGGUUUUAAAUGAGGUUGAGGAAUCAGUCAAUUCAGAGGUAGAGGUUGAAGAAGAUGCUGAAUUAAGUGAUAAGGUAGAAGAAGAGGUAGAGGAACCAGAUCAGUUAGAGGUAGAGGGCACAACAGUGACACUGAACAAUGAGACUGAGGAAGACUGUGGGAUGUCAACCAUCCAAAACGGCUUGGAUGUGGUGAAUGAAAAGCAGAAUGGAGGUCUGCACGAGGAAACUCCUCAAAAACACAAAAAAACAGAAAGGACCCUGAGCCACGGCAGCGUGCGUUCCCCGGAGGCGGGGGCGGAGGAGCAGGACGACACGGCGCGCCUGGAGGCGGAGCUUAAGCUGCAGGAGCUGAAGCGCCGCCGUGACGACGCGGAGAGCGAGGAGUUCGAGAGGAUGAGACAGAAGCAGCAGGAGGCUGAGCAGGAGCUGGAGGAGCUGAAGAAGAAGAGGGAGGAGAGGAGGAAGAUCAUAGAAGAGGAGGAGAGACAGAAGAAACAGGAGGAGGCCGAGAAGAAGGCCAGAGAGGAGGAGGAGAAGAGGAGGAUGAAGGAGGAGAUAGAGCGGAGGAGGGCGGAGGCGGCCGAGAAGAGACAGCAGAUGGGGGUGGAGACUGUCGACGCAGAGGCCAAACCCUUCAAAUGCUUCAGUCCCAGAGGAUCCUCCCUCAAGAUUGGUGAAAGGGCAGAGUUUCUGAGCAAGUCGGCACAGAAAAGCACGGUGAAGACAACUCACUCUCCUGUCGUCUCUAAGAUUGACAACAGACUGGAGCAGUACACCUCUGUUGCCCAGAACAAGGAUAUGCGGUCCCCACGCUCCGGUGCCGUGGACCUGCCCAUGGUGACAGAUGGGAUACGCAACAUUAAGAGCAUGUGGGAGAAAGGCAGCGUGUUCAACUCGCCCGGGGGCGGCGGGGGCACGUACAAGGAAGCAGCUGGGAUGAAGAUAGGUGUGGCGGGCCGCAUCAACGACUGGCUGAAUAAAACCCCCGAGAGCAAAACGCCGGGAGGAAGGCCCGCGGACCUAAAGCCAGGAGAUGUGACCAACAAGAGAAGUCUGUGGGAAAACAAGGGCUCCUCCCCAGCCAAGGUGACUGGCAGAGGGGAGAAUAAAUCUGUCUCCAACGGUAUGGGACACGAAUGAUUACAAAGAGCUUCUUCUGAUGGCUGGUGGGGACCAAGACAAUCCAAGACUCUUCCUUUUCUAUGUGUAUUAUACCCAAAAAAACAUAUGACCACCACCCUGAGGGAACCCAAGGAAUGGAGAGAAACAGGAGAUUCUAUUUAAUAAGCACUGUACUGAAACGAACAGCCACCAUCUCGUAAAACAUGACAGUGUAGUGCCUUUGCACAACGAUUUACUACGACUUACUUUCACAACAAACAAACAAAAGAAUAUGCUGUGAAAUUUGGAUGUUUUAUGAUAUGGUCAUUUGUUUUAUAUGUUAUAAGCAAAAACUUACAGAAGAAAAAAACUUAAUUGAAAUUAGAUAUAUUUCCCAUGCGCUCUUCAGUACAUGUGUAGUUUUGAUAUAGUAGAGAAAUGUUUUUAUAUGAGGUUUCCAGUUCCACAAUCAUAUCCGUGUUCCAAAGACAGACAUCUACCAUCAAUGUUCUGUCCAUGUCGUCCAUCUCACUUCUUUUUUAUUUAUAUUUAAAGCAAAGCUUCACACACAGCUAUUUUAUUCAUGUUCACCAGUUCAGGAGAGAGAUUAUACGGACUCCGUAGAUUUGGCUUAUUUCACUUUUUUUGUCUUACCAAUAGUGCAACAAUGGUCUGAGUUAAUAUAUGUUAGCACAUAAGUACAUGUCGUUAUGAAUAUCAUACUGUAUCUUCUAUUACAGCUUUAUACUCAAGAUUUGUUUCGCUUUUGUACUCUAAAAUUGAGUGACUACCAACCGACAAGAGGCAAUGAAAGGCAGUGCAAGCAACGAAAGGAAAGUUGUAUAUUAAGACGGCUAUUAUAACGUUUAUUAUCCUAGUUUCAAUUUAUUUAUGUUUUUUACGUGUUUUGUCAUUGGCUGUCUUUGUAGCUUUUGUACCUGCUGUUUGAAUCUCUAAUUCACUUUGUUACACUUUCAAACAAUCCAUAAUGUUGCAGGUGUACUUAGAGUUACAUCCUCACCUUAGAGAAUUCUCUGACCCACGUCGUUCCACACCGCCGGGCUUAUUCACAUACAUGUUCCAAUGGCUUCUAUUUAGGAGGUAAAGGACCUCAGCUUUGUCAGUGAGUUUGUCUGAAUAUGGCAGGCCAGAUACACAUUUAUAUACUGUGCCUGUACCUUGAGACGGCAUUGGUUUAAGCCGUAUGUCGCCUUGCCGUUUAAACCCAAAUCUGAUGUACUGACUAUAGGACUCUGAAAAAAAGGGAAAGUGCACAUUUCGAUAUUGACAAUGAUAGAGGAUUGAGUCAGUCAAAAGAAGACAGAUUUUGACUCCAGCCAACAAUUGCGCUUGACGCUUGUUCUGGGUUUGAGUUUUCCUAAAAGUUCCAUAGUGGUAUGUAAGAUCGUGUUUACAGCACAAAUCCUUUACAUACAACGGCCUCACGGCCUUGUUAUUGCGUGCACCGAAUAAACUGUACCUUACACGUUGCCAACACAGUAUGACUUCAGCUGUUUCUUUCUUCUUUUUUUACCGUUUCAUUAUUGAUGUUCUAUGUUUCACAUUUCAUUCAUUCAUUUAGCAUGACAUGCUUUGAUAAUAUGGGUAUUAAAUAAAGGUUAGCAGGGGCAUUGUAAGAUUGUUCUGUGUAAACCUUGACAAUCACAUUCCAUGACUCCUUAGAACUACAAGCAAUGGAGUCUGACCAAAAUAUCUAACAUUAUUUUACAUUGCUGUUAUUUCAUAUUUUGGUCAUUUGCUUUUUUUUGUCCGUUUUUAAAUUGUAUUUUUAUUUCAAACAUCCUCAUUUAUUGUGUAGAGUUAACUAUGCAAGGAACUCUAUCUGUCGGUUUCAGAUACAACCUUGUUUUAGUAGUGAGUAGUUUCCUACAGAAUGAAUGUUAUGAAAUAUUUGUACCGUUGCCUCAACAACAGCAAUAAAGAGAUAUAAAUUGUU